CGUCUAUUCCACUCCAUCGCGGCCAUGGCUGAGGAGGUCCUGGCUCUGCGAGAGCAGCUGUUGGCCGGGGUCACCUGCCCGGUGUGCCUGGAUGUGUUCGAGCAGCCCGUGCUCACGGCGUGCGGGCACAGCUUCUGCGGGCAGUGCCUGGCGGCCGUGCUGGGGGACCCCCCGCGCCCCGCCGCCUGCCCGCAGUGCCGCGCCCCGCUGGAGCCGGGCUCGCAGCGCCCCAUCCGCUCCCUGGGCAACGUGGCCGGGCUGGCCCGGUCCCUGGAGGAGGUGGCGGCGGGGCCGCGGUGCCCCCAGCACGGCAAGGCCCUGGCGCUGUUCUGCGAUCCCUGCGCCGCCCUGCUCUGCGCGCCCUGCCGGGACGGGCCCGAGCACCGCGGGCACCGUGUCCGCCCCGCCGAAGAGGCCGCCCGGGAGCUGCAGAAGAAACUCCAGAGAGAACGGCGUUUUCUAAAAGAACAGAAGAAAAAAUUGAAGCGCAUAGGAGACCGGAAAAGUAAAGACCUGCAGGUGACAGUGAGGUCGGAGCUGCAGCGAGUGGCUGAGAGCUUUGAGGAGCUGCAGUGGUGCCUGGAGGAGCAGAAGGAGACCCUGCUGGCCCAGCUGGUGCAGAUGUCCCAUGAACUGGACAGUAAGAGCGAGGAAUACAGGCACAGGGUUUUGGAGAGGCAGUCGCUGCUGGACACGGUGAUUGCGCAGAUCCAGGAGAAGCGGGAGCAGCCGGCGGUCGAGUUCCUCAAGGAUGUUGGCACAAUCCUGAGCAGCUGUGAGGCAGCCAAGGCCCCGAUCUCAGAUCCAGUUUCCCCAGAGCUGCAGAGGAGCAUUCAGAACAGCCAACAACUCAUGGACAUGGUGGAUCAAUUCAGAGUGAACCUGCGGAGUGAGAUAGACUGGGGCAGAAGGGAGCAGGUGACGCUGGACCCAGACACAGCGCAUCCGCGCCUGAUCCUUUUAAAGAAACGCAAAAUGCUCCAGUUCAGAAAUGAAGAACAAAACAUCCCUGACAACCCCAAGAGGUUCAAAUUCAGCCGCUGUGUCCUGGGCUCCCAGGGAUUCACAUCUGGGAGGCAUUACUGGGAGGUGGAGGUCGGGGAAAAGGGCAGCUGGGCCGUGGGGGUGGCCCUGGAGUCCGUGCCAAGGAAGACGUGGAUCAACCUGCGCAGCUCUGAGAAGCUCUGGGGGCUGCGAAUGAUGUUCGAUGGCCAGUACAGAACAGUCUGCAUGACCCCUGAGGUGCUGGAGCUCAGGGAAAAACUCCAAAGGAUAAGGGUUCACCUAGAAUACGAAGCGGGCCUAGUGACCUUCUACAACGCAGAGCACAUGACACUGAUCCAGCAGUUGGAGGCCACCUUCACUGAGAAAGUCUUCCCGUAUUUUUUGGUCUCCUCAGAAGAUACCCAGAUCCGGGUGUGUGACUGACAGGGUGGGAUGGCUGCCGGGCCCCUCUUGCAUUGCCCUAAAUUGUUGGUUGUUCUUUCACACUAGGUUAUUAGAAAUUUGCACUGAAUAGUCUCUAUAUUGCACGGAAUAGUUUAUGUUUUAUCACCUGGUUUGUUCUUCCCCUCUCCUACCACAUGAUUUCCUUCACCCACCCCUCUCCACAGUACCCUCCCCUGGUCUCUGCCCUGGUUUACCCCUCCUCACUGGCGUCCCAUGGGCUGUGCUCCUCGUCCUCUGCCCCCCAUUCCCCGGGUUAAAAGUCUCCCACCAUGAGGCAACAGUCUCUUUCCCACCUUGGAAAUAAACGUGCCACGUUGGUCUCUGCAUGGAGAA